AUGGAAAACCUAUAUGGUUUCAAUAACAUACACAAGGAAUAUGAUUUACAAAAAAAAAUAAUCGAACUUAGAAAGACGUUCAUAAAUAUAUACAACUUUAAAAUAUUUUAUGGAGAAAUGUUAAAAUUAAAAAAUAGUUAUCCAAGGGAUAUAAAUAAAAAAAUUGAUAAGCUUUGGAUAGAAUAUAAAAAAGAAUAUUUUAUUAAACAAUAUAAAGACGGAAUUAUUUUUUAUGAAUUAAAUAAAAAUCUAUGUUUUUUGGAAAAAGAAAUUAUAAAUAGAUAUUUAUUUAAUUUUAAUAUUUGCAAUUCUAAUUAUAUUGUUCAGGAAGAAGAUGUUUAUUUAUAUUUUGUGUUCUAUCGAUUUUGUAGUAUGUGUAUAAAUAAUUGGGAGAGAAAAAAUGUAAUUAAAAAAGGAGACAAAAAAAAAAAAAUAUACAAAGGACAAAAUUUUUUAAACAACUUUUGGAUUGAUAAAUUUCUUAAAAUUAUAAUUAAAAUAGAUCCAAAUUAUUAUAAAAAAAAUAUUUAUUUUCAAUCCAUAAAGGAUGAAUUAAAAAAAUAUAUAAGUAGUGAAAAUUGCUUGAUGAAAAUUCAAUAUAAAAACCAAAGAGUGGAAAAACCUCAUAACUAUUAUUUUGUGUGUAUAUCAAAUAGUUGUAAAAAAAGAAAAAUAGAAAAAGAUCAGAAUAUUUCCAAUUAUAAAAAUUGGAGACAAUACUACUAUAAGGUCAAAUAUCAUACACAUAAUAAUAUGUCUAUAAACAGAGUAAUAAAUAAAAAGGUUAAUAGUAAUAUUUUAAUAUAUAAUAAUUAUAAAAAAAAAACUUUAAUUAUAGACGUAGAAAAAACAAAAAGGUUAAUUCAAAAAUAUAUUUAUAACGAUUUAUAUUUUAAUGUUAUACAUUCUAUUUAUCAUAGUUUAAUUAAUAAAAAUGCAGAUUUGAUAACUGAUUAUGUGUAUAAAGAAAUAUUAUUAGACAUAGAAAAUUUUAAAAAUGAAGAGGAAAAAUAUGAUUAUUCGAAAGCUAGCUAUUUAUUAAUAAUUGAUAAAUUAAAAAAAUAUGAACAUGUUCAGAAAAAAAAUAGACAUGAUUUAUAUAAUGAAAAUAUAAUGGAUAAUUUUUUAGUAGUUUUUAAAGCUUUUUUUAUUCCAUUUUUUACCUAUGAAAAAUAUGUGAAUAAUAAAAUAAAGUCUAAUGAUAUAUUUUUAUUUAAUUAUAUAAAAUGCAUAUUAAGAGAAAAUAUAGAAAAUAUGUUUUAUUUAACCAUAGUAAAUAUUAAUAAAAUUUAUGAACACAUGACAUUUAAAUAUUUAUUUUAUUUAUUCUUUUUAUAUUUUAUUAUGCUAGAUAUAUGUCCAUGUUUUUGUAUUUCACAUAUUAUAUAUGACAAAUUAAGGGGCAACGAAAAACAAAUUUAUAAAUAUUUUUUAAUCAAGUACAGGAAAAAAAAAGAGGAAAAAAAAGAGGAAAAAAAAGAGGAAAAAAAAGAGAAAAAAAAUGAGAAAAAAAAUGAGAAAAAAAAAGAGAAAAAAAAAGAGAAAAAAAUAUGUCCAGAAAAAAAACUUUGCAGAAAUCCACCAAAUAACGAUUACAAUGAAAUGGUAGAUAAACCAAUUUAUAUUGUAUGUUUUUUUUGCUCCUAUAAUUUAUUAAAAAAUGAUAAAAAUAUAGAUCUAGAAAUGAAAAAAAAAAUGCUUAUUCUUUUAGUAAUGAACAUUGUGCAGGUGCAUUAUACACAAACCGACAAUGAAAUAAAAAUAAUGAAAGAAAUGGAUUUGUUAAAUAUUAAGAAGAGACAAUUUUCUUUUCUUUGUUCUUAUUUUGAUAUAUUUAUUAAUUAUUUAUUUUUUUCCGAAAAAUGUAAUUUGUCAUUUGCUAAGUUAGGGAAUGUGAAAAGAUGUUAUACAUAUACCAAGACACAUAGUUGUUAUUUUAUAAAAAAUAAAAAUAAAAUAAAAAAUAAUUUCAAACAAAAUUUAAAAAAAAUGAACAAAAAAUGUGUAUAUUUAGCUUAUUUUAAUAAAGCAAUAAAUAUGAAAGAUGAAAAAAUAAUAAAUAACUACACCGAGGAAACAAAAAUUGACGGUGCAAUAUAUACAUCUGAAAAUAAUUUAUAUGAACAUGUAAAUGAAAAGAUAAAAAUAUUUUUGGAGAAUUUCAAAACUUUUUUAUUUUAUUUUCUAGACAAAUUAUAUAGAACAAGUAUUAUGCAUAUAAAUUUGUACACUUAUUUAUUUAUGAUACGUUCUUCACUUUUAUUGUCAUGCAAAAAUUAUGAGAAUACAAAAGAUAUACAAAAAAUUAAAGAAGAAAAAAUAUUCAAAUACAAUCGAAAAAUUACAAAUAUAAGGAAAAGAAAAAGAUAUAGGGGACGUAUUAAAUUUUUAAAUACAUUUUAUAGAAAAAUUUAUUUACACACAUAUUACAAAUUAUUAAAUAUCAUAUGCAAUGAUGAAGAGAAAAAAAAAAUUUUACAAAAAUUCAAGAUAAAAAUUAAUAAGCUACUUUUGUAUUUAAAGAAAAAUAUAUUUACAUAUAAUAUACAUAAUCUUCAAAUAUUAUUUAAAUUGCAAAAUAUAAUAAAUGUGUAUAAACAUAAUUAUAUAAAAAAAAAAUAUAUUUCUCUCUCUCAAAAAAAUAUAAUAAAUAAUAUAGAUGAUGUAGAAAAAGAGAGUUGUUAUAUUAUAUAUAGCAGAAUAAAAUUAUUUGCUAUUCUCUAUUUUUUUUUUUUUAAAAAGAGAAUAAAUAUUAGCUUAGAAAAUAGACAAAAUAAAAUAGACAGAGAGUGUUGGCAUAAUUUAAUAGCCAAUAGAAAUAUAAUAAAUAAUAAAAAUGAUUGUAUUUUAGAAAAAUAUAUAAAUAUAGUGUAUAAAAAUAUAAACAUAUUAUUUCCAAAUAUUUAUAUACACAUUAAUAAUAACGAUUUUUAUAUACAAGCAAAAAAAGAUUUUAUAUUUUUUAAUUUGAAAAAUAAAGAUAAGGAUAAUAAUUUAUGGAAAGAAAAUAUAUAUUAUGAAUUUCAUGGAAAAAAAUAUAUCGUUUUCGAAAAUAUGUAUAAUUUAAAAAAAGUGUAUAAAAUAAAAUAUAUUAAUCUGUGUAUAUUAUUUCAUAGAUAUUGUUUUUUUUUUUAUAAUUAUAACCCAUUCAUUUUUUCAUAUUUAUUUAAACAUAUAUAUUGUAUGUGUAUAGAAUGUGUGCAGAAAUAUUUAAUUAUAGAUAAUUGUUGUAUAAAAAAAGAUAAAACCACAGAAAAAAAUAAUCAUGAUUGUUUUUAUAAGCAAAAUGGAAUUUUAAUUAAAAACAGAAACCAUAUGUUUGUACAAAAUUUCUAUUAUUUGACAUUAUUCUUGUUAAUAAGAUAUCACACUUUGCUAGGAAAUGCAAGACAUUCCGGAUUGCAGAGUUGCAUUCCAAAGAGAAUAAUGACCUUAUUGUAUAAAAAGUUGAAAGUAGAUAGAGAAUGUUUUUCAUCCCCAUUUAAUGCAAUUUUACAAAAAUAUUGCUCUUUUUUUCCUGAUAUUGAUAUUUUUUUUGGAAGUGCAGGAAACUUUUUUAAUUUUAAUUUUCAAAAUGGAGCUUAUGAAAUAAAUCCACCAUUUGACAUAUUCCUAAUUAAUAAAUUAAUCGUAUAUAUUUUAUACAAUUUGAAAAAAGAAGAAUAUGAACUAACUUUUUUUUUAAUUAUUCCAUUAAUUAAAGAUAAAAAUUAUUUUUACGAGUUAUUAUUUUCUUCUCCUUAUUUGUCAAGUUUCUUUUUAUUAAAAAAUGGUUUAUACACAUUUUCAACCAGAUUGUUUGAGACUAGGGAAGAAGAAUAUAUUUCGACUUGUGAUUGUUUUGUGUUCAUUUUGCAAAACGCAAAAGCGAAGAUUAAAACAGAAAUUGAUCAAAAUACCAUGUUAAAAAUAAAAAAAUCAUGGGAAAAUAUUCAUCAUAUUAAACAAAAAAAUUAA